AUGGGUAAGAAAUCGAUCAGUGAUAUCAAACGUGCUCAGGCAGUUGCAUUGCGUGAAGUAGGUCUCAAAUAUGCUGAAAUUGCAUCACAACUGAAAAUAUCUCAACAUUGUGCCAAAGAAGCUGUUCCGCGUUUUCGUACACAUGGUACUUAUCAAGAUCUGCCAAGAUCCGGACGACCAAGAAAAAUUUCACAACGGGCAGCUCGCUAUCUCAAACGUCUCACUCAAGGACAAAAUCGACGAAGUUCAAGACUAAUUACGCAAGCACUCCACAUGUCUCUUUCUCAACCAGUUUCAACGAAGACUGUUCGUCGUCAACUUCAUAUUUUAGGAUACAAAUAUCGUGUGAAGCGCAAAAAAACAAUUCUAACCAUAACACAGAAACAAAAACGUUUGGCGUGGUGUCAACAACAUAAAGAUUAUACCAUUGAGGACUGGAUGAACAUUAUUUUUAGUGAUGAAACUACAUAUUACGUGCUUCAAAGGAAAAAGAAAAUUAUGGUAUGGCGUACUGAUGCUGAACGUUUAAGUAAGGACUGUCUAAUUGAUACUAACACCGGUAAGGGUGGUAAAGUUGGCCUGUGGGGAGGUAUUUCAGGGUAUGGUCAAACAACUUGUUUAGUUUAUUCGGACAAUAUGAACAGUAAAACAUAUUGUCAGGUAUUAGAAAAACAAUUAUUUUCAUCAAUUAAAAAACAGGAAGAGAAAUUUACUUUUUCAACAAGAUCUGGCACCAUGGCACACAUCGAAGAUGUCACAACAAAAGAUCAAAGAUUUGAAAAUCGAUGUGUUGCCAUGGCCACCAAAAAGUGUGGGUGUGGGUAUGGGUGUGGGUGGGUGUGGACGGGUGUGUAGGUGUGGGUGUGGACGGGUGUGUAGGUGUGGGUGUGGGUGGGUGUGGGCGGGUGUGGGUGUGUAGGUGUGGGUGUGGGUGGGUGUCGGUGUGGGUGGGUCUCCUAUUUGUGUACACCCACGCCCACCCACACGCACACCCAUCCCACCCCACACCCACACACCCACACCCGCACCCACACC